CUUCGCUUCUUCUCUCUGCUUUGGUUUCAGGGUCUUUCCUUUAGCUGAUGGGCGACAGACCUGCUUUCCAACACAACCUGCAACGCUACAGGACGUCUUAUUAACUCUCGCUACAACAGAAAUAGCAGAUAAUGCAAGCUACUUUGACAUUUGUUAUUUCGUUGCUGCUGUCACUACAGCAGCUUGCUGGAUCUACUGCUCAUCUCCCUCAUCUAACAUUUGAUUUAUUGGAUCAUACAAGAGGACAAGUCUGCUACAGAACUGCUUCAAAAGUUCAGACUGAACUGCAUAAUUUUCAGGCUGCAGAACAUGGUUAUCUCUCAGAAGAGAACAUGAAAGACUAUCCAAAAAAGCCAUCAACAGUAUCAGCUGAUUCCCCUUGCUUUGGAAUGCUAGCCACAUGCUGUCUGCCAAGGAAAGAGGAAGAUCUAAAGAACGCUGUGAGAAUGGAAUAUCAAAACAAGCUGCAAAAUGCAUUUGAGAAAAGAGCCGAACAAAAAUGCAGAAAAGCAGGACGAGACUUUGAACGUGUGCUUUAUGGUAACAUAAAAGGCUCAAUCAAGUUGCUAAGAGAGGAGCUGUCUGGCAUAAUGGUUACAAACAUCACUCAAGAACUAUUUCAAGACUUUUCAGACUACUUGUACAAGUUUGUGUUCUCGCGUGACUUCUGCCCACUGAGAGACAUCGCAGAGCAGCAGCUAAGUAAAGUAUUCAGAGUUGCUUAUCAGACAGGAGAGAUUGAAGACCAAAGUCUGCUGCUAUUGGGGACAAACAAUAAAGACUCGUGUUUCGAUAGUUUGGAGACAUAUUUCGUGACAACAUGGCUCAACGAUACGGUCCAGAGUUUAGUCCAAACACUAAACAGCAUCAGACUGAUAGCAGAGACUUUUGAGCUGGUACAAUCGAUAGUGACUGAUGUGAGAAGACACAAGUGGGGCCCGGAAUGUGUUUCCGGUCUAUUCACCAUAAGACACUGUGCCUAUUGUAUUGGAUAUGAAAACUUCCACCACUGUGAUGGUAACUGCCUUAAUGUCCUAAGAGGAUGUACUGCAGACAUGGCUGAACUCCAAAAAGAUGUCAAGGACAUCCAAAACUUGCUGCUUAGUCUAACAAAGUUAGCCCAAUCUGAACUGAGUCCAACAAAACUAUUAAAAACAACCUUUGUUAAUUACAUAUUGCUCGGGAAGCACCUCAAUCAGUUUAACUUUACAAACGCCAUUAUCUCUGGCACAAACUGCUCUGUUGAUGAAAGUGAUGAAAAGUCUAUCAGACAUCUAGACACCACUUUGCAAUACAUAAACGUCACAAAUUUUGAAACAACCUCGACUAAUAGCAUACUGGCAGCUGUUAGGAAUGAUUUGGAUUGUUUCAAAGACUUACAGUCCCUACUAUUGGAACUACCAGAGGAAAUAUGUGGAGUGAACCCACACCAUUUGGCAUACAUGAGAGACAGGGAGUGCUGGAACGGGACAGACAGAGGAAGUUAUUCACAUUCAAUAGUUGGGCAUUACAAAAUGGAUCAGCUCAACAACCCUGCAUUCAUAAACCGACCACUCCCAACCAACUCCUCCUUCACCAAAACUCAACACAAUAUUAAACUAGUCACCAAAGACAUCUAUCAAACUAUAGACUUCUAUCAAUGCCUCAAUGGAGACGAUGAAGACUGUAGCACUCGUUUUGUGAUUCAGUGUGAACAAACGAUACCAACUGAGGACGUAAUAGGAAGUGGAUCAGGAAGCGGAAGUGGGAGUGGCAUGGGCGGGGCUGGUGAUCUCGAGAAACACCACACGUCUACUAGUAAUCCUUACGUGAUCGUACUUGGCGGAAAAAGAAAGAUUAACGAUUACGAAGACGAUGAUGACACCAUUGUUGCACACACCAUAACUAGUACCACCCCAGGACAUACAAAAACAUCAUCAGCUCUCCCUCUAUCAUCUUCCACUCGAAUUCCUACAACUUCUAAGAAAUCUAUGACUCAAAUUUCUACCACACCUUCGCCCACAAAAACAUCUCUAAAAGCUUCGUCUGCUAGUAUUAUUAUUAAUAAUACUCCUGAUAUCACUCCAGAUGGUUAUAGAGGGAGUGGUCAUGGCAUCAGAUCCGGACUAUUGAUAACCAUAUCAAGUAUAUUAUUUGUAUUUAUAUUCAAACUAUUUCUGUACUAAAUCAUAUUCACGACAUUCUUUUUAAAACUAGCCACCUUCACCCAUUCUACCCUCACAGUCUCGUCUUGUCUUCAGUGACCUCCAUUUUGUGUCUUUUUUGUUGCAUAACUCUCGUCAUUAUUACAAUAUUUCAAUAUUACUUUAUGUAUUUUAAUAAUAAUGCUUACAAUUAGAAUCAUGUGUAAAA